GAGAUGGUGUUGAAACCAGAUUAUAUCGGAAACAUAGAUAGUUAGACAUCCACAUACCAAAAUAACAAGUUACUACGGGAGAAACCAAAUUCUCACCUCUUCAAAACACAUCUCAUACAAAUCAACAAUUACCACAACUACAAUCCACAAUGUCGAACCAAAACGGCGGUCUUCUUGGUGGUCUAGUCGGCGGAGUCGACAAUGUCCUCACAGGCGGCGAGAAGGCUAAGGGCCAAGGCGGUCUCCUCGGAGGCGUCGGCAGCGCUGUAGGCAGCACAACCGAAGGACUCGGAAAGGGCCUUAACUCAACAACCAAGGGAGUUGGAAAUGCCGUAGGCCAAACAACGGAAGGUGUUGGCAACACUGUCGGUGGUGUCACAAACUCGGUCGGUAGCACUGUUGGUGGUGUUACUGGCGCAGGUGGCGCAACUAAGCAGGGCAAUGAUGGUGCAUUUAAGAGCUAUGGUAUCUAAUGUGGGCGGUGAGAUUGGAUUAGAGGUAACAAGUGUACGAUGGAAAACUUAUGAUGGAUAACGAAUUUUUGUAAUGAAUUAGGGCUUGAGAUCAGACUCAUUCGACAUAUUGACCUUUAGUCACUCUUGUAAAAGAUUAAAUUCAACGAGAGCUUCCCAUAUUCAAAGCCAUGUAAUUGUUGAU